AUGGACGAUGAAGUGAUGAAGAUCAGUGAAGUCAACGAUUCACCUUCUCAUGUUCUUCUCAUUUCUGCUGGUGCCAGCCACACUGUGGCGCUUCUCUCUGGAAAUGUUGUUUGUUCUUGGGGGCGAGGAGAGGACGGGCAGUUAGGCCAUGGUGAUACUGAUGACCGACUCUUACCCACAAAACUGAGUGCGUUCGAUGGAGAAGACGUUGUAUCUGUUACUUGUGGAGCUGAUUAUACCGUGGCGCGUUCCGAUUCUGGCAAGAAUGUAUAUAGUUGGGGAUGGGGUGAUUUUGGAAGAUUAGGUCAUGGUGAUCAUAGUGACUUGUUCAUUCCUCAUCCCAUUAGAGCAUUACAGGGUUUAAUGAUAAAGCAAAUUGCUUGUGGGGACUGUCAUUGUUUGGCAGUUACUAUGGAAAGCAAGGUGCUGAGUUGGGGGCGUAAUCAAAAUGGUGAACUUGGACUUGGUACUACAGAGGACUCUCUUGUGCCACAAAAAAUUCUAGCAUUUGAGGGAAUACGUAUCAAAAUGGUUGCUGCUGGUGCUGAACAUAGUGUGGCAAUUACUGAAGAUGGAGAUUUGUAUGGAUGGGGCUGGGGGAAAUAUGGAAACUUGGGAUUAGGAGACACAAACGAUCGCUUGAUCCCCGAGAAAGUGAACAUUGAUGGUGACAAGAUAGGCAUGGUUGCUUGUGGCUGGAGGCAUACAAUAUCGGUUUCAUCUUCCGGCGGAUUAUACACGCACGGAUGGAGUAAAUAUGGUCAGCUUGGACAUGGAGAUUUCAAAGACCAUCUCGUGCCUCGUAAGGUUCAAGCAUUGAGUGAUAAGUUCAUUUCUCAGGUAUCAGGUGGAUGGAGGCAUAGUAUGGCACUCACAUCUAGCGGACAACUUUUCGGUUGGGGUUGGAAUAAGUUUGGACAGAUUGGAAUUGGUAACAAUUUUGAUUGCUGCUCUCCCAUGCUAGUGAACUUUCCUCAUGCUCAGAAAGUAGUUCAGAUCUCAUGUGGAUGGAGACACACCGUUGCUGUCACUAAUUGCGCAAAUGUAUAUUCUUGGGGAAGAGGUGCGAGUGGACAACUUGGGCAUGGAGACACCAUAGACUGGAACGUUCCGAUUAUUAUUGACGCCUUUAGCGCUGAUGGAUGUGGCGGAAAGCGCAUAGAAUCGUCAAAGUAUCCAUCAUCAGGGAAAUCAUUUGCCUCUUUAUCAGCAAGAUAUGCGGUUGUUCCAAAUGAAACUGCCUUAGGAUCACAAGGCACUAUUUCUGAUAAGGGAGAAAAGUUUGAUUUUGAUGCCAGUGUCCCUGAAAAUGAUGUCUCAUUUGAUGGUAGCCCAACAAUGAUGUAG